AUGAGCGAAGCAAGGGAUCGUAUCUCCGAGAUUUCACACGACGACCUUGAUAAAUGGCUCCGCACGUCUACCUUCACAAACGAGCUUGAAGAGUCUAUCAGAGGCCAUAUCCAUCAAGAACUGAGCAGCUGGUUAUUUUACCGAAAGCUCGCCGCAGAUUGCUCACGGAGCAAUAUCUCCCUUCAUGGAUUUGCCAUGCUUUGGGAAAGAAGUGCUUGGGAGUGCUUGAAAGAUAUGAACUGGCUCGAAAAAUAUCUCAUUACUCGCGGGGGACGUUCGAAGCCCACAAACAUUGAGGCGCCGAAGUUCGAGUGGCCAGAGUCACCUAUUGAACCCGUCAGACCAUGCCGAGAGGCUAUGAAAGUCCAGAGAAAGCUUUUUGACGACCUACAACGCUUGUGCACUUUGGCUGAGAAGCAUCAAGACACGGCCUUUGUAACAGCCUUGGAGAAUCGCUAUUUACGCAAGCAUGCGAAGCACUUGAAGAACCUCGGUGAUCUGUUAGAGCAAGUGGCUCGAGUUUCAAAGCAGCAUGGACUGGGGCUAUAUAUUCUGGAUAAAGAAUUACGCUAUUGCAAUGGUUGCAUUCCUUGGCAGUCCCUGAAUGACCCAGACACUCAUCUCGAAAAGGUCAAUGUGCUUACGACCAGAAUUAGCGAGGGGCUUUUGCUUCACCCUCAUGCAGCUCACCAUGAAGGUGCCAAGGCCCCUAUUCAUUGA